ACUCUGUCCUUUCUCUUUCCCUAUAUCCAAAACCCCUUCUUUAUCUCCCCACCCGUAAUUUUCUCUCUCUACAAAUCAAAUCUCUUGAAAAAUGGUGUCAAGAAUUAUACGAAAAACCCCAACAAAAUCGAUCAAAGACUGCCGUAGAAACCCCCGCCGAAAACGAACUCCGGUGAAAUCCACCUCCUCCUCUGUCGUAAUCGCCACCAUCAAUGAGUCUUUCUUCAGCUGUCGCCGCCGCCUGGUUAAGAUCUUCUCAAAGCUCGUCAAAAUCGCCACCCCAAAGCGCAGCCCUAAAAAGCAAGGCUUCAAAAAACUCAAGAAAACCGCCGUCGAUACCACCGAUUUCCUUUUCCCUCACAUAACCCCACCGUCCAAAAUCGCUAAGCCCCUGUUUUUUGGCCUCCCACCUCCCGAAAACCCUGAAAAACUCACCAUAUUUCUCGAUCUUGAUGAAACCCUAAUCCAUUCUUCCGCAGACCCGCCUUCGAAAACCUUCGAUUUCAUCGUCCGCCCGAAAAUCGACGGUGAAACCAUGGAUUUCUAUGUCUUAAAACGACCUGGGGUUGAUGAAUUCCUUCAAUAUUUGUCUGAGAAGUUCGAGAUUGUGGUUUUUACAGCAGGAUUAAGGGAUUACGCCUCGCUGGUCCUCGACGUCUUGGACAAGAACAGGGUGAUUAAUCAUCGGCUAUACCGCGAUUCUUGCCGAGAAUUAGAUGGCAAAUAUGUUAAGGAUUUGGCUCAAAUGGGGAGAGAUCUAUGGAAGGUUGCAAUUAUUGACGAUAAUCCGAAUUCUUAUGCUUUCCAGCCAGAAAAUGCGAUUCAAAUUAAGCCGUUUACUGAUGAUUUACAGGAUAAUGAGCUUAGUAAAUUGAGUCGGUUUUUUGAAGUUUGUGAUGGUGUCAAGGAUAUUAGGGAUGCUGUCAAGUUGUUUACUCGUGAGAAUUUUCAUCAGGAUUUAAUGGAUUGUUAAUUUGGUGGGAUUUGGUUUUUCUAACUUUUAGGGUUUUUUAAAUUUGUUGUUGCGUUGUUUUUCAUUUUUGAUUUGGGAACUUUUAGGAUUAAAUUUUCAUUGAACAUAUUUCGUUCAAUCAGCAAUGUUAAAUAUGAAGAGAAAUUUGUUGUUAUGAAGAUGGAAGAGGAAUGAAAUUAUAUUUGUUACA